UUCCUCUUAACUACCCGGAAUAUUUUCCAACACACCGAGCCGCCGGAAGUCAAAAAGUCGUAAUGUCCAUGUGGGUUCAUGUUGACAACAAAAAAGUCUUGGAAAAUUUUUAGUAGAAACGAUUCACAGGGUACGUUUACGAGCUUCAAAAUAAAAAAAUGUCCGACAACGAAGACAACUUCGAUGAUGGAGAUUUUGAUGAUGGCGAGGAGGACGAGGGAUUAGAUGACCUGGAAAACGUGGAGGAUGAAGACCAGGAGACUGUGCAGAUACUGCCAGCAGGAGAGGGCCAGCCGGUCAAUCAGAAGAGGAUCACAACACCAUACAUGACCAAAUAUGAGAGAGCCAGAGUGCUGGGGACGCGAGCCCUCCAGAUAGCGAUGUGCGCUCCAGUCAUGGUGGAGCUGGAGGGAGAAACAGAUCCUUUGCAAAUAGCUAUGAAAGAGCUUAAGAGCAGAAAGAUCCCCAUCAUCAUCCGCAGGUACCUUCCUGAUGGGAGUUAUGAGGACUGGGGUUGUGACGAGCUUAUCAUAACUGAUUAAACAAAUGAUCCUGUCUGCACUGACAAAACAGUAUAUGCUGUUUCACACCGUCACACCAGGUCAGUCAGCCUCAAAAACCCAGAGGAGUCCAUAGACUGAUGCAGUCAUCACCCACCUGUUUAUACCUACAUUUCAUCCAGAAAAUUAUCAGGUGACUCUGUGAGCUGGUGAAAUAUGAAAACAUGGAAUGUACCAUACAGCCUUUCAAAGAACUGUGAAAAUCAGGACAAUGUGUUGAUUGCAGGUUGAUAAUCCUAUGGUCUGACUGAUGGUGCAUGUAAUGCAACUAAAGUGAAAUUCAGUUACUAUCUACUGUACUUUCUGUUUUAACAGCUGCAUCAUAACUAAUAACCACAAGGGAGAAAUGUAACUGUCAGCAUUUACUUUGUUUUAAAAAAGAAUCCUGUGUUGUAAUUAUUCCAUUUUUGUUUUAUGUGGAGAGAAGUGAUUAGUGUAAAGUAACUGUUUUAUAGUUUAGAAUAAACUCUUUUGUAUAAAUAA